AUGAAGAUCUCGACACUCUGUCUGGUCGCCGGCCUCAGUCACCUAGCCUAUGCACAUACAAUCUUUUGUCAGCUAGAAUCCGAGGGCACAACCUACCCUGUCGGCCAUGGAAUCCGCGUCCCGACUUACGACGGUCCCCAAACCAACGUCGGCGCAGCGACCAUGGCAUGCAACGGACCACCAAACCCCACGCGUCCUUCGGAUAAGAUCAUCCCUGUCAAAGCUGGUAGCAAUGUCACUGCCAUUUGGAGACAUACUUUGGAAUCUGGACCUGCCGACGUGAUGGACCCCGGCCACAAGAUUUCUGGUAUUGGCUACAACUCCGGGACUUGGGGAACAGACAUCGUGAUCAACAACCAAGGCAAGCAGGUGAUCCAUAUCCCUGAAUGUCUUGAAGACGGGCAAUACCUUCUCAGAGCCGAGAUGCUCGCCCUGCAUGGAGCUCGGUCUCCGAGCGGCGCACAGUUUUACAUGGAAUGUGCCCAGAUUGAGGUAACGGGCGGCACGGGCACCGCAAAGCCUCAGACUUACAGCAUCCCCGGAAUAUACAAGGCCAACGACCCUGGCGUCAUGAUCGACAUUUACAACACCAACUUGAAUCAAAAAGCGUACACUGUUCCUGGACCGGAUGCCUUCACCUGCUAG